GCGCGCGCGGCCGGAGCCCCGGCCAGGCCCGGCCCGACCGCGGCCCGCGAUGCGCCCCGGGGCCGCCCCCCGGCGCCGCUGACGCGCGGCCGCGCACUCCGGCCCGAUGGCGGGGAAGGGGAAGGCGGCGCCCGCGGGCCCCGCGCUGCUGCUGGUCACGGCCAACGUGGGCUCGCUGUUCGACGACCCCGAGAACCUGCAGAAGAACUGGCUUCGGGAGUUUUACCAGGUGGUGCACGCGCACACGCCCCAUUUCCUGGCGCUGCACUGCCAGGAGUUUGGAGGGAAGAACUAUGAGGCGUCCAUGGCCCACGUGGACAAGUUCGUCAAAGAGCUGCUGUCGAGUGACGCCAUGAAGGAGUACAACAGGGCCCGCGUCUACCUGGACGAGAACUACAAGUCCCAGGAGCACUUCACGGCUCUGGGAAGCUUCUAUUUCCUCCACGAAUCCCUAAAAAACAUUUACCAGUUCGACUUCAAAGCCAAGAAGUACAAGAAGGUCACGGGCAAGGAGAUCUACUCGGACACGCUGGAGAGCACGGCCAUGCUGGAGAAGGAGAAGUUCCCGCAGUGCUACUUCCCCGAGUGCAAAUGGUCCAGGAAAGGCUUCAUCCGGACGAGGUGGUGCAUCGCUGACUGCGCCUUCGACCUGGUGAACAUCCACCUCUUCCAUGACGCGUCCAACCUGGUGGCCUGGGAGAGCAGCCCCUCAGUGUAUGCCGGCAUCCGGCACAGGGCCCUGGGCUACGUUCUCGACAGAAUCGUCGACCAGAGGUUCGAGAAGGCCGCCUACUUCGUCUUCGGAGACUUCAACUUCCGGCUGGACUCCAAGUCCGUGGUGGAGACCCUCUGUACCAAGGCCACCAUGCAGACUGUGCGGGCAGCGGACACCAACGAGGUGGUGAAGCUCAUCUUCAGGGAGUCGGACAAUGACCGGAAGGUGAUGCUGCAGCUGGAGAAGAAGCUGUUCGAGUACUUCAACCAGGAUGUUUUCCGGGACAGCAACGGCACCGCGCUCUUAGAGUUCGACAGAGAGCUGUCCGUGUUUAAGGACAGGCUGUGUGAGCUGGACAUCUGCUUCCCUCCCAGCUACCCCUACAGCGAGGACAGCAGCCAGGGCCAGCUGUACAUGAGCACGCGCUGCCCAGCCUGGUGUGACCGGGUGCUCAUGUCCCCGACCGCUAAGGAGCUGGUCCUGAGGUCGGAGAGCGAGGAGAAGGUCGUCACCUACGACCACAUGGGGCCCAGCGUCUGCAUGGGAGACCACAAGCCCGUGUUCCUGGCCUUCCGCCUGGCGCCCGGGGCAGGUAAACCUCACGCCCGUGUGCGCAAGUGUUGUGUAGUGCAGUGACGUGUGAGCAGGAGAGGGCAGCGGCACGAGAAGCCCCCUCGUGACCCCCUGUAGCUGGCGGCAGGAGCAGCGUCCAUCCGUCCGUCUGUCCGUCGUCCGUCCGUCCGCGAGCCCUGAGCCGCCGCCACGGCUGGCCGCACACUCCGCUUCAGCUCCGGACUGUUCCGGACUGUUCCGAGCCUCACAUACCUCACUGUCCUGUCUGCUCAUGUGACAUCAAGUAGAAAUACUGGGUUUUCAAUAAGUCACAGUGCUGUUGCCAAAAGUCUCGUAGACAGCAAGGCUCCCGCUGCGGCCCCGCGCGGCAGGCGCACACAGGCGCGGGGGCCCUCCGCAGCCGGGCCGGGGACAGCCGGAGACCCGGGUCCCCGCACUCACUUCGCGACCCUCUGUCCGUCACUCUACUGCCAUGCUCCAUGGUUUUUGAAUCACUGCGGCUGCUUCCCAUUUUAUAUCUAUAAAUAUAUAUAAAUAUAUACUUUUUAAAGUAAUUUAUAAAUCUUACCCAAACUUAGGCUAAAUAGACUUUCCAGGCGGAUAGCGGCGGGCAGCGGGUGUCCCCGCCAGCCCCCGCCCGGCCCGGGAGCACUGGGCCUCUGGGUGCCCGUGCAGCCCUCCCGCUCUGGAUGGGCAGCGGAACCGCCCAGAGACGGCUCUGCCUGCUGCUCCCGCUAGCUCUGCCCUGGGCCGGGACCGCUUCAGAACACUACAGACCCCGGCCGGCCGGCCGCGAGGCGGGCGUCUGCCCUAGACGAAUCACUACUAUUGGGGGUGGGGCCCCGCUUCCUUCGGGUCACCUGGGAGGCCUUUAGAAGUGGCCAUUUUUGUUUCCUAAGCAAUAAACCUGAUCAUGGUGACAAGA